AUGAGCAUAAAUUCAAAUUAUACUUUGUUCAACGAAAUUAAAAGAUUGAAUGGACCAAUAUACAAUGUUUGUUCUGAGGCUCCACCCCAUAUUGUUUCAGAUGGUUUAUGGGGUGGCUACGAAAAUGGAAGGAGACCAAUGAAAUCCUUCUUGAUCUUGUUUGAGUUACAAUUGGUUAUCAUUUUUGCACUCACUCAAAUAUGUAGUUUUCUUCUCAAACCAUUGAGACUCCCUCAAUUCCUUCCAGAAAUGAUUGCUGGGUUGAUUCUAGGUGUCUCAUUUGAGCUAAAACCAUUAGACACAUACAUGGGCAAGAUAUUUCCAUAUGGAACUCAUGACGUAAUUUCAACAAUUUCAUCAUUAGGUAUGGUGAUCUUCGUUUUCAUUAACAGUGUACAAAUGGAUUUCAGCUUGAUAACAAGGACAGGAAAGAGAGCAUGGAUAAUUUCAAUAAUUGGAUUAUCUGUACCAUUAUGUGUUGGUUUUAUACCACUACUAACAUUGCCUGGGAUAGUUCAAGCCAUUCAAAAAUUACAUGGCGGCAAUGGAGUCAUGGUGGCAAUGUUAUCUCACAGUCUAAGUCAAUUUUCAACAAUCUCUUCACUCCUAAGUGAACUUCAAAUCCAAAACUCAGAGCUUGGUAGAUUAACUUUGUCCUCGGCUUUGGUCUGUGACAUACUAACAACAGUUAUUUCAACCAAUUUUGUUGCUCUUAUGACUAGUCCUGAUUUGACGACACUUUUGAGAAACAUAUUCUUACUUUAUAUAUUGUUUGUAUUAAUACCAUUGGUAUGUAGACCAAUAAUGUUUUGGAUCAUCAAACAUACACCAGAAGGAAGACCUGUGAAGGAUAGUUACAUUUAUGUUAUCAUUUCAAUGGUUUUUGUUCUUGGUAUUUUGUCAGUUAAGAUUAAUCAAGAAUUUGUCUUGGGAGUUUUCGUUUUGGGACUGUCUGUUCCUGAAGGACCUCCUUUAGGAUCUGCAUUGGUUAAGAAGCUUCAGUUUUUUAGUACAACAUUCUUUUUGCCAAUCUUUGUAACAACUUGUGUGUUGAAAGCAGAUUUUUCAAUGGAUUUUUCAUCAUCUAUGAUGGUGUAUACUGGUUUAGCGGUCCUUGUAACUCACUUGGUCAAAAUGGCAGCAUUAUUUAUAACUGUCCUUUGUUGCAAAAUACCUGUCAUUGAUGCUUUGUGUAUUUCCCUUAUUUUGAACACUAAGGGCGUGAUGGAAGUUGGCAUCUACAAUUCCGCAUUUGACGAUCAAGUUAUUAAUAGGAAAAUAUUUGGAGUGAUGAUGAUAAGUAUAAUGAUUAUAGCAACCAUUGUGCAUUGGUCAGUGAAGUUAUUAUAUGAUCCAUCAAGAAAAUAUGCUGGAUACCAAAAAAGGAACAUGAUGCGCUUAAAAAGAAACUCAGAGCUAAGAAUACUAGUAACACUUCAAAAACAGAACCAUAUUUCAGCAGCAACAGAUUUCCUAGACUUAUGUUGUCCAACACAAGAAAAACCAAUCACAGUUGAUGUUCUUCAUGUAAUUGAGCUUGUUGGAAGAGCCUUACCUCUUUUCAUUCAUCAUCGCCUUCAAAGACAAGCAUUAGGAUCUACUUCAUCUAAAUCAUACUCAGACGAUGUUAUCCUCGCUUUCGAUAUAUACGAGCAUGAUAAUCAAAAUGCAGUAUCAACAAACACUUACACAGCGAUAUCUCCACCUAAUCUCAUGUAUGAAGAUGUUUGCAAUCUUGCAUUGGACAAAGAUGCAGCCAUCAUCAUUCUUCCAUUUCAUAUAAGAUGGUCAAGAGAUGGUGGAGUUGAAUCUGAUGACAAGAAAGUACUAAGAGCAUUGAACCGCAGAGUACUCGAAAUUGCUCCAUGUUCCGUUGGAAUCCUUGUAACUCGUGCUAAUUCAAUGCCGAAACCAACACUAACAACAUCAAUAACAUUAGAAUAUUCCACUACUCGAUUAGCCAUCAUAUAUUUAGGUGGAAAUGACGAUGAUGAAGAGGUCUUAUGUUUAGCAAAACGAAUGAUGAAUAAUCCUAGGAUCAACCUAGUUGUUUACUGUCUUGUUUCUAGGAAAAACAUAGCAGAAGUGGAGGAGUUAAUGGUAAUUGGUGAUGAAAUGUUGGAAGAAUUGAAACAUGCUGAAAAUGUGAGGUAUCAAGAAGUUUUUACUGAGAAUGGAUCACAAACAGCAUCUUUUCUACGUGAGAUUGUGAACGAACAUGAUUUCUUUAUAGUUGGGAGAAGACAUGAAACUCAAUAUCCUCAAACCGAUGGAUUAGCAGAAUGGAGUGAAUUUCCAGAACUUGGUGCUAUUGGUGAUUUUCUUGCUUCACCUGAUCUUAAUAGUAAUGCAUCUGUUUUGUAUGGACAGCUUCUUGGUCAUCCUAGGCAAGCUUUAUACAUGCCGAGUUACCAACCUGCUGGGUUGAUUCUAGGUGUCUCGUUUGAGCUAAAACCAAUGGACACAUACAUGGACAAGUUAUUUCCAUAUGGAACUCAUGACGUAAUUUCAUCAAUUUCAUCAUUAGGUAUGAUGUUCUUCGUUUUCAUAAACGGUGUACAAAUGGAUUUCAGCUUGAUAACAAGGACAGGAAAGAAAGCAUGGAUAAUUUCAAUAAUUGGAUUUUCUGUACCAUUAUGUGUUUUGUUUAUACCAUUACUAACAUUGCCUGGAAAAGUUGAAGCCAUUCAAAAAAUAGAUGGCGGCAAUGGAAUCUUGGUGGCAAUGUUAACUCACAGUCUAAGUACAUUUGGAACAAUCGCUUCACUCCUAAGUGAACUUCAAAUCCAAAACUCAGAGCUUGGUAGAUUGUCUUUGUCCUCGGCUUUGGUCUGUGACAUACUAACCGCGAUUAUUCAAAGCAAUAUUGUUGUUCUUGUGACUAGUCCUGAUUCCACAACACUUUUGAGAAACUUAUUCUUACUUUAUAUAUUAAUUGUAUUAAUUCCAUUGGUAUGUAGACCAAUAAUGUUUUGGAUCAUCAAACGUACACCAGAAGGAAGACCUGUGAAGGAUAGUUACCUUUAUGUUAUCAUUUCAAUGGUUUUUGUUUUUGGCAUUUUGUCAGUUAAGAUUAAUCAAGAAUUUGCCAUAGGAGCUUUCAUUUUGGGACUGUCUGUUCCUGAAGGACCUCCUUUAGGAUCUGCAUUGGUUAAGAAGCUUCAGUUUUUUUGUACAACAUUCUUUUUGCCAAUCUUUGUAACCACUUGUGUGUUGAAAGCAGAUUUUUCAAUGGAUGUUUCAUCAUCUGUUAUGGUGUAUACUGGUUUAGCGGUCCUUGUAACUCACUUGGUCAAAAUGACAGCAUGCUUUAUAACUGCCCUUUGUUGCAAGAUGCCUGUCACUGAUGCUUUGUGUAUUUCCCUCAUUUUGAACACUAAAGGUGUGAUCGAAGUUGGCAUCUACAGUUCUGCAUUUGACGAUCAAAUUAUUAAUAGGAAAACAUUUGGAAUGAUGAUGAUAAGUAUAAUGAUUAUAGCAACCAUUGUGCAUUGGUCGGUGAAGUUAUUAUAUGAUCCAUCGAGAAAAUAUGCUGGAUACCAAAAAAGGAACAUGAUGGGCUUAAAAAGAAACUCAGAGCUAAGAAUACUAGUAACACUUCAAAAACAGAACCAUAUUUCAGCAGCAACAAAUUUCCUAGACUUAUGUUGUCCAACACAAGAAAAACCAAUCACAGUUGAUGUUCUUCAUGUAAUUGAGCUUGUUGGAAGAGCCUUACCUCUUUUCAUUCAUCAUCGCCUUCAAAGACAAGCAUCAGGAUCUACUUCAUCUAAAUCAUACUCGGACAAUGUUAUCCUCGCUUUCGAUAUCUAUGAGCAUGAUAACCAAAAUGCAGUAUCAAUAAACACUUACACAGCAAUAUCUCCACCAAAUCUCAUGUUUGAAGAUGUUUGUAAUCUUGCAUUGGACAAAGUUGCAACCAUCAUCAUUCUUCCAUUUCAUAUAAGAUGGUCAAGUGAUGGUGAAGUUGAAUCUGAUGACAAGAAAGUACUAAGAGCAUUGAACCGGAGAGUACUUGAAAUUGCUCCAUGUUCCGUUGGAAUCCUUGUAACUCGUGCUAAUUCAAUGCAGAAACCAACAUCUAUUAAAUCAGAAUAUUCCACUACUCGAUUAGCCAUCAUAUAUUUAGGUGGAAAUGACGAUGAUGAAGAGGUCUUAUGUUUAGCAAAACGAGCGAUGAAUAAUCCUAAGAUCAACCUAGUUGUUUACCGUCUUAUUGCUAAGGAAAACAUAGAAGAAUUGGAGGAGUUCAUGGUAAUUGGUGAUGAAAUGUUGGAAGAAUUUAAACAUGCUGAAAAUGUGAGGUAUCAAGAAGUUUUCACUAAGAAUGGAUCACAAACAGCAUCUUUUCUACGUGAGAUUGUGAACGAACAUGAUUUCUUUAUAGUUGGGAGAAGACAUGAAACUCAAUCUCCUCAAACUGAUGGAUUAGCAGAAUGGAGUGAAUUUCCAGAACUUGGUGCUAUUGGUGAUUUUCUUGCUUCACCUGAUCUUAAUAGUAGUGCAUCUGUUUUGGUUGUGCAACAACAACUCUCACGCACGAAUGACCUUAAAGGGUGGAUUUUGUAG